AUGACCUGCAUUAUAGUUGGAUGUGGUGUGUUUGGACUAUCUACAGCUAUUCAACUUGCCAAACAAGGCGUGGAGGUGCUUGCUUUGGAUUCGUAUCCAGUACCCUCUCCUUGGUCGGCGGCCAAUGACCUGAACAAAAUCAUCCGGGCAGAGUACAGCGACGUGGUGUAUGUCAAGAUGGCUGUUGAGGCCAUCAAUGAGUGGUCAUGUUCAGCUGUUUAUAAGCAUUGCUUUCACCAAUGUGGUCGGAUCACCAUGAAUGCAUCUGCUGCCUCCUCCGAGUCACAGGCCAGGGCAUCCUACGAGCAAAAGUCGCUGAAAAAUCUGGAAUCCCUAGGUGUAAACCAGAAUAUUGUGCAAAUAAACUCUUCUUCGCAGCUAGGGGAAAUUGCUCCCCUAUUUAAGGACAACAAUUUCCCGGAUGAUUUCAAGGCCACAUACAAUCAAAAUGCCGGAUACGGCCACUCCUCGGACGCUUUGAUAGCAGCUUACCAGGAGGCACUGGCACAUGGUGUGAAGUUCAAAUUCGGUGACGAUGGCCGAGUAGUUGAAGUGAAGUCCGGGGUAGUACGGGUGAAGUCGGGAGUUAUUUACACGGCUGAUAAAGUGUUGGUAGCGUCUGGAGCUGCGACCGGCCAUCUGAUUGACUUGGAAGAGCAGAUUCGGGCCACCGGGUGUUUCGUAACGCAUAUUCAACUGAGUGCAAAAGAAUAUGACAAGUAUAAGGGACUUCCCGUAUUCUUCAGUGCGAAACUUGGCUAUUUCUUCCCACCCGAUGCUAAGACAAGAAAGCUGAAGAUAGCCUUGACCUUUGCUGACUGCAAAAACACAGUAGAGAAUCCGUUUCAAAGCGAUAAGCUCACCACUCUACCGCGGUACCAUACUGACUAUCCUAAAGACACAGUGCCUAUUGAAUCAUACCAGCAUGCCAAGGAGAUCUUGAGACUGGCUCUUCCGGAUCUCCAAAACCAUAAGCUGCUGGAUUCCAAAGUAUGCUGGUUGAGCGAUACUGUUGACUCGCACUUUUUGGUUGAUGAAGUUCCUGGAAAAAAGAAUGUUUAUGUGGCUUGUGGUGAUUCAGGUCAUGGCUUCAAGUUUCUCCCCAAUAUAGGAAGAUAUAUAUCGGCCAAGAUGAAUGGUGCUCUUGAUCCAGAAAUAGAGAGGUUAUGGAGAUGGAGAUCGAAUCCCAAAUGGCCAGAAGGAAUAAAGAGCAGAGUUACUAGGCCUCAUCUGGAGAUUUCAGAGAUUGAAGAGUGGUUGCCUAAAAGAGAAGAAAGACUUUAG